UCUCUGCCUCUGAUAAUGCACCAUCCAAACACUGCCGAAUGCCUCUCAGCCUCCAACCAGGGAACCAAUGCGGUUUCAACAGUCCCACCGGUGUUAUCUUCGAUCCAACCAUUGUCUACGCCCAAAUGUUCCUUUAUGCACCUCUCCCCGGGGUCUUUGGCCAACACACCAGCACGACUUCACUACUCCGUGCCAUCUUGUCAUUAUGGGAGCCAACAAUCCGCUUUUGGGGUGAUGGCAGAUGGGCUUGCUCCAUGUCUGUAUAAACUGCCUGACCACACGCUGAGCACAUCUUCGUGUACCCUGGGACAUGGAUUUGCCCCGAUUCAUCAGUCAGUGCUAAGCGAAGAAUCCAUUGUCAUCGACUUCAAACAGGAGUUCCGAAAAAAGAAUAAAACCAUUGAGGAGCCAAUUGGUAUGGAUUCUCCAGAAAUCAAAGAGUUGGAAAUGUUCGCAAAUCAAUUUAAAAUAAGAAGAAUAAAGUUAGGUUAUACCCAAACAAAUGUUGGAGAGGCUCUUGCUGCUGUACAUGGCUCAGAAUUUAGUCAAACAACUAUCUGUCGCUUUGAAAAUUUACAGCUCAGUUUUAAAAAUGCUUGCAAGCUUAAAUCAAUUCUUUCCAAAUGGUUAGAUGAAGCAGAGCAAGCAGGAGCUUUAAAUAAUGAAAGAGCUGGAACAAACGAUAGAAAAAGAAAGCGAAGAACUACAAUCAGCCUGCUGGCUAAAGAAGCCCUGGAGACACAAUUUGGACACCAAUGUAAACCUUCCUCACAGGAGAUUAUACAGAUAGCAGACAGCCUAAACCUGGAAAAAGAAGUUGUAAGAGUCUGGUUCUGUAACCGCCGGCAGAGGGAGAAACGAGUGAAGACAAAUCUGCACCACAAUUCAUUUCAGUUUCCAUUCAAAGAACACCAUGACUGUAGAUAA